AUGGCCAACGAUCUCCUGGACGCUGCCGAUGCUGCCGGUGCACCCGGCAUGGCGCUGAUCUACGUGUGGCUGCGGCUGAGCACGAUGAAGCAGCUGGACUGGCACCGCGGCAGCAGCUACCAGAGCAAGGACAUCGCCCACGUGCAGAAGACCAUCGCCCAGCGCAUGGCCGACAAGGCCCGCACCGGCUCCGGCCCUCUGGCGCGCCAAUUCGCGCGCAUGGCGCUGGCCGGCCUUCCCCGCGGCGGUGGCGAUGGUGACGCGAUUAGAAUGGGCAUCCUGAACGUCAUGCGUGACAAUGGCAUCCGCGAAGGGCACCGACCGGGCAUCGAGGACCACUUUUUGGAGCAGUGGCACCAGAAGCUGCACACCAACACUACGCCGGCCGACAUCGCCAUCUGCGAGUCCUACAUCGAUUUUCUGCACUCCGGCGACGGCGGCCACUUCUGGCACUCCCUCUGGGAGCGCGGCGGCCUCUCCCGCGAGGCACUCGCCACCAUGGACCACCCCAUCACCGCGACGCCGAUGCACCUGCCGCACCUGAUCGGCCCGAUGCAGCACUACCUGUGGAUUCUGAAGACCACCCACUCAGGCGCUGACCUGGACACCAGCCUGGAGAUGGCCAAGGGCGCCCUCGAUGGCGGCCUCCAGUGGACCCUCUACGACAUCCUCAACAACAGGAAUGAAUGGUGGGUACCAGGAAAGAUAGUGGAAGCCCGCGAACAACUGCAGUGGGUUUGGAAGGCCCCGUCGUCCAGGGAUGUACUAUUGCUGGACAUAGCCCUGGACAACUACCUGCGCACGCUGCUGGAGCGCACGGACAAGGGGUCUCUGGGCGGCGACGACUUGUGCGAGCUCAUCGCGCUGUCCCUGCGCAACGCCGUCAUCGCCAUCGACAGCGAGGACCUGCGCCAGUGCCGGGACCUGUGGGACAAGGUGAGGGAGGGAGAGCGUUGGUCCAAGGGGUGGGCGAUGCGUGCGCACGCUGCCGCACAGAGACUGGAGCUGUCGCUCGGAGCCUACGCCGACAGCCUCUACAGCCUCACCCAGCCGCUGGCGGAGAAGUUUGGGGCGGCCUGUGGAAUAGAGGCGGCGUACAUCGCCAAUUUUGGUGAGGAGGUGGUACGCGGGCAGCCUAUCUUCGUGCUCAGCCAGCUGCUCAAGUUCCUGGAGCCGAUGCUGCGCACCACCGCCGAGAUGGCUUCUUGGCAGGUGGUGAGCCAGGCUGAGGCGAGUGGGCGCGUGCUGGUGCUGCCGGACCUGGUGGAGGUGCAGGGGAAGCUGUUUGAGGAGCCCACCAUCAUCAUCGCGAGCCAUGUGGGCGGCAUGGAAGACAUCCCGGAGAAUGUGACAGCUGUGCUGACGGCUUCCACCACGGAUGUCCUGUCUCACGUGGCCAUCCGCGCCCGCUCCCAGAAGACCCCAGCUCUGCCGCCCCUGACAAUUCCCAAGCCCAAGGCAACGACCAAGUGGGCUCUGCAAGAGGCGGACUUUGGGCCGGGGCUUGUGGGAGGCAAGAGUGCCAACCUGGCCAAGCUGCGUGGAAAGGUGGCUGAUGGUGUGAGCGUGCCAGCCUCAGUGGCGUUGCCAUUUGGCGCAUUUGAAAGGACCCUCAAGGACCCCUCAAAUGCUGCCUAUGCGGACGCGAUCGAAGGACUUCAAAAGGACCUGGCCAAGGCAGGAGAGGGCGUUCCUGCAGCACUGGCACAGCUGAGGCAGCUGGUGGCGACCGGCCUGACAGCGCCAGCUGCCCUGGUGGACGAAGCUGCCGCGGCCGCGGAAGCUGCCGGGCUGGUGUGGGCCAGCAAGUGGAGUGAGAGGGCCUGGCUGAGCAGGCGUGCCCGGGGAGUCAAGGACAGCGACCUCUACAUGGCCGUGCUCCUACAGCAGGUUGUGCCGGCGGAGUAUGCGUUUGUGCUGCACACGGCCAAUCCAGUGACUGGGGCGCUGGGGGAGGUGUUUGGGGAGGUGGUGGUGGGCAUGGGAGAAGCCCUCGUGGGCAACCACCCGGGCAGAGCCCUCAGCUUCCGGGCAGAGGCCGGGCAGCAGCCACAGGUGCUGUCACUGCCAUCAAAGCGGCUCGGAUUUUUUGCGCCGGCCGGAGGAGCGCUCAUAGCGCGGUCAGACUCCAACGGCGAAGAUCUUGAGGCAUUCGCAGGCGCAGGCCUAUACGACAGCAUUCCGUUGCCGCCCCUGAACGAGAGCACAGUGGACUAUGGGAGCAGCGGCCUGUUCUGGGAGGGGGAGCAUCUGCAAGGCAUGCUGCAGGAACUCACCGAGGUUGGAAGAUCAAUAGAAACAGCAUUUGGAGGAGCACCCCAGGAUAUUGAGGGCGUGUGGGUGGAUGGCAAGAUCACAGUUGUGCAGUCCCGCGCGCAAGUGUUGUGA